AUGAUCAAGAUAAAUUGCAGCACAGAAGGAAUAUUUUUAUCUCAGUCAUCUCAACGAAAUACUGAAUGGAUCUUCUCAGUGAAGUUCAGUAUGGUAGAAACAUGGAAGGAUGAGGCCGUCUUGCCUCUCGUGAUAUGUUCAAUUGGCACUUGA